AUGUCCUUUAGAGGCGACGAUCAGCGCCGAUAUGGCCAUAUCCCUCCCGUACAAUACCCAGUCGCGAACAGCAACCAGCCUUCCCAGGACCAGCCGGCCUAUCCUGCCCGGAGGCCAAGCUUCAACAAUGGCGACGACUCUGCUGGCUUCCCGCCCGCCGCUCGCCCAGUCCACCACCCGACCUUGAACACGAGUGCUCGGGGACUGGGUACCGAUGACGAACUGUUCCUGGCGAGCCCGACGGAGGCCAACAGACCCAGCUAUGGUAGUCCGAACCCUGCCAUGUCCGGCUAUCAACACUCGUACCAGCCUCAGACGCCGCCCACUCCUUCGACGUACAAUCCACAGGCAUUCGCUCGUUCCCAGUCUACGUCUUUACCAUCCCACCCAAGCCCGGCAAAUCGAUGGGGACAGUCGAACACGACAGCUGCCCCUUACAGUCCGGCUGUGUCGACGGCAACCUUCACACCCGCACCGUACAAUCCGGCCGCCUACACUAAUACUACGAGCCCCCAGCGACAACCGACCUAUUCCGGACAAGGUAACUACAACAAUCAGAAUUACGGCUCGCCGACAAACCCUUCACCCUACUGGCAGCCUCAACCUCAAUAUGCUCCUUCACCAGUCCAGUCGGCACAAGCGCCUACUCCGCCAACUGCAUACACAGGCUACGAUCAGAUCUCUCCAGGUCCCACUUACCCGUCAGGUGGCAGCACAGCGGCUCCAUCACACACGAAUACCUACGAGCCUUCUCAAACCCAGUACCCCUCAACUUACUCGGACAACGGUAGAAGUCCACCGCCAACUGCUUACUCGUCUGCGACCUCUCAAGCGCCCUAUCCAACGUACUCGCAGAUACCGGUCGGCCCCAACUACUCCGCAAACGACCCUCACUCCUUCCUGAAUCUCGCAUCCGACUCGAACUCGACUUCGCCUGAACCCUCUCCGCAAUUUCAGUCACAAGCAUCAUCCGGCCUAGCACGACACCCAACCAAUGCGCCCCUUCCGAGUAGACCGUUUGAGGAACCCGGUGGGGGACUAUAUGUUUCUAACGGUACCAUCGUCCCGGAUGUUGGUCAUGAGCGUGUUACCCAAGACGACAUCAUGCAGGAUAUCGAGGCUGAACUUCGGAGGAGUAGUGGCCGGCCCACGGCGUUUGAUCAACGUAACGGAGCGCUGCCAGAGGACGACCUACAGAAUCUGCGCCGCUUGACUUCAAAUGCGAGCUAUCGCUCCAAUGCCACGACGCUGAACAGCCAAGAAGAUUCGUCCGGCGUUGAUCGUUACUCGUCCAACGCAUCGACGCUGAACAGGAACCACUCCGUGAAUACCUACCCCAUCAAAGAGGACGACGGUGAUGAGAGUGAUCCCGAGGGGGCAGCUGGUGCCUGGGCUAUGCAACAGGCUGAAGAUGAUGACCGCCGGUUUAGUUCGCUGCCAUACUUCGGACAGCCAGAAGUAGCCGCACAGACGCCCUUAUCGACCCAUAAAGAGGAACCAGGCAGUGACAGCGACUACAUCGGUGCCAUGGAUCUUGGUCUCAUGGGUGGCGGGUAUGCGGGAAAUCUGGCGUAUGACAAUAACCUUGGCUCGCCCCUAAGUACCGAGACAAUGGAUGGCCAAGCUAUGCCCACUCCUCGCAUCAACCACGCCUCUCAGAGAAGCCAUGAGAGCAACAUGUAUCCCGCAUUCGAACAGGCCGAUGUGGAUUAUAGUGGCACCGGAGGAUUGCAGUCACCGAGAGCUCAUCGUCUCAGCUUUGAUGAAGGCGAUGAGCCUGUCGCCCUUCACUCGAGACAGAGUGGAAGUGAAUCACCCCAUAAAGACGACUACCCGGAUAUGUUUUAUCACCCUGGUUUGUCGAAUAGACCACUCCCGGCCGUCCCGCCCGCUGGGUCAGACAGCAGCUCCAUGCUGUCUGUUCAAUCGCCAAACCGGAACGGUCCGCAACAUGGGUAUUCUCUUAGUGUGGAUGCCCGUCCGUACACUGGUCCGGAUGCCUACUAUGGUCAAAACGCACAGCAACUGCAGGUAGAAAGGUCUAUCUCACUAUCCAGUCACAGCACUUCGCCCCACGUCCAACCACCCGGCCGGUCCAAGACCGAUGCUGCCGAAGAGCGCAAUGCUCGACUGAGGCAUAUGCGACAACAGCAGCAUCUAGCGGCUCAGCAAGGACUGCCGUACGAAGGCUACGAGGCCGGGACGCCGUCCUCCGUGAACUACGACCUAAUCACCCUGCCAAGUGGGCGGCGAAGGAAGUUCCAGCCCGAAAAACUCACCGUGAUCGAUGUCCAAUCUUGUUCGGAACCCUGGGCACUGGGUGGCAUUGCCCAGUGGAUUCGAGAUAUGACGGAUGGCGAGCCCGACCUGAAGAGGAAAACUGUCGAAGACGGAUUGGUCAGGCUUUGUUGCUUGAAGGUCCCGACGAUGAACGUCGCAGAUGCCGAAACACUCAGUACUCAGCUUGUCGAUUCCAUGCUACAAGCGGGCAUACUGGUGCCCGAAGAGGAAUGGCUGAAGUUUGGGCAAGGUUCCAUCUCCGGCGUGCUAUGGCAACUUACUGGAACCGGCUGUUACGGACCGAAGCUCCAUGAGCACGACCGGGAGACGACAGGCAGGUGUUACUCAUACCAUUGCACAAGAACCCUGAAGAAAGCCAAUCUGAAUGAGCUUAUGGCAGAGGGUGUCAAGCCAGUUGACUGGGCUUCUUUCUACCACAUUACCAAGGAAGGCAUAGAGGGCAAGCCAAAGAAAGAAAUCGAGCGGCAGAAUGUCCUUCACGAGAUCGUCACUAGUGAAGAGCUAUACAUGGACCAGGUCGAAGUCGUGCGAGUUCUCUACCGAGAUCAACUUGCCAGCUCUACCCCAAGGGUUGUUGCUGAAGCCAGGAUGGAGAAAUUCCUCAGCGCCGUUUUCGGCAAGGUGGAUGCCGUUGAACAUGUCAAUAAGGAUCAUCUGCUUGCGCAGCUGAAGUAUCGCCAAAUUGAGCAAGGGCCAUGGGUCAUUGGCUUCAGCGACAUCUUUCGGGAGUGGAUUCGCAAAGCCAGAUCUGCAUAUAUCGAAUACGCUUCAGCAUUUCCCUAUGCGCAAUUCCUGGUCAAGAGGGAAGCAGAGCGCAAUUUUCUGUUCAAGCAGUUUCUGGGCACUGUCCAGAAAGAGGAGAAAUCAAACCGUCUCGACUGGACCACCUUCCUGAAAGCCCCUAUCACACGCCUGCAGCGAUAUCCCCUCCUUCUGAGCGCUGUUUUGAAGGUAAUGCUACAAGAUAGCGAGGAGAAAACGAAUCUGCUCAAAGCUAUCGAUGAGAUCAAAUCGGUUGUAAUGGAAUGUGAUUCAAAGGUGGAUGAGAUGACAAAGAAGGUGACCAUGAUUGAGCUAGACCAGAUGCUGGUACUGCGGCCCGGAUUCCACGCUGACCUCAACCUUGACCAUCUGGGUCGAGAGCUAAUCCUUCAGGGUGACCUCUCGCGGAUGGGUUCCAAGGGCGUGCGAUGGGUAGACACGCACGCUUUGCUUUUCGAUCACUAUCUCAUCCUUGCGAAGCUCAUUGUCUCGCGCGAUGGCAGGCAAGACAAGAAAUAUGACGUCUCGAAAGAACCUAUCCCCAUGCCUCUGUUAUUCCUCGAGAGUAGCCAGGAUGACCCUAUAUCGAAGCAAAAAGGCCUCGCCACUCCGUUGACGCGGACGGCGAAUUCGGCUUCCGAUACUAGACUUAACAAAGUGGUAUCAAAUGGCGAGCGCCCCGGAUUGGAGCAUGCCCCUGGAGGCUCUUCCGUCCAGUCCGUUGCCGUCACCAGAUUGAACCCUGUAAAUUCAGCGGAUAGUGAUUCGCGAAUCCUCUAUCCGUUCCGCGUCAAACAUCUGGGACAUGAAGUCUACACCCUGUUCGCGUCGUCAGCAUCAAUACGACAAGAUUGGUGUAACAAGAUCAUCGAGGCAAAGACACGGCAUGCCAAAGCUCUGCAUGCUCAAAACGCGGAACCAUUUCGCCUGCGCGUCAUGGCGGACAGCGCAUUCGCGUACGACUCAAUAUCCGCAAUCGGGAAGUACGUCGGGGGUGUGCACAUCCGUGGAACCCCCCUGGACAGAGCCAUUCGGGAUCUGGAAAAGACAUUUGGCCCUGGUCGUGGUCCUCCUGCGAUCUCGCGGGCGGGUGUCCAUUGUGCUACUGGUUUUUCUGCUUUUGGCAAGAACAUGGUGGCAGUGGGCACAGAUGUCGGCGUCUGCGUGGCGGAGGCUAGCGACCAGAGAGGCUGGACAAAGACUGUCCCGUCGGCGCGUGUCACACAGAUUGCGGUUCUAGAAGAGUUCUCCGUGGUGCUCGUCCUCUCGGACAAGAACCUCAUUUCCUUCCCUCUCGAUGUUGUCUCACCACCGUCAAAUUUCCCAGCUCCCGCACAUGACAACCCAAAGCGCACCCCGCAAAGAUUGGCAAAAGAUGUAGCAUUCUUCGCAACCGCCCGUAUGAAGGACCGGAUGCUGGUGUUCUACAAGAAGAAGGAAGCCAUGCACAGCGCCUUCAAGGUACUUGAACCAGUCUUCCAGAAGGCCACCGAGAAGAAGUCGCGUUUGUUUGGAGGCUCUCGAAGAGGCGGAGGGGGCGCAACAGAAAGCUUCCGCGACUAUGACGACUUCUACCUGCCCGUGGAAUGCUACUCGCUCAACAUCUUCCAGUCCUACAUUGCCAUUUCGACAGCCAAGGGUUUCGAGCUAUUGACCCUCGACAAGAAAGUUCCGAUGUCGAUACCGGAUACUAGGCAACCUGCGAUCGCCAACAUCGCAAGUCGUGUCAGGGAUCAACGGCCCCUCGGCAUGUUUCGCCUCAACGAUCAAGAAUUCCUGCUGGCCUACGAGGAUUGCGCUGUAUAUAUAGACAAGCAUGGUGACGUGAGCCGCAGUGUCAUCAUGGAAUACUCAGGCAAGCAAAAGCGAGCAAAAGGUGCGACGAUGUACGGGCAGUAUCUGCUUCUGUUCAACGAGGAUUACGUGGAGGUCCGAAAUGCCGAGAAUGGUCGGCUGCGACAGAUCAUUGCUGGCCGAGACGUGAGGGUCCUUGAUUAUGGUGUGAAGGGACCUACGGGCGGGCUUUACAACACGAACGGGUAUGGCUUGCAAGCCAAUGCCGUUGAAGAUGGCCUUGACUCGAAAGGCACGGUCAAGAUCUGCAUGGCUCACCCUGAAGUCGCAGGCCAGCAAAUCGUCCUGGAGAUGUUGCUCAAUAAUGGACACGCAGAGAAAUGA